AUGGGGAGGGUACUGCAUCCCACGGGACUGCAGCUUGCGCUUCUCCUGCCGCUGAUAUUCUCCAUACUAGUUCUGUUCCACACAACCAGCUCUCGCACCCCGUUCUGCCUGCUGCGUAAAUGCACGAUUGAGACAGCAAAAGAUAGCCUCCGGAGUUCGCCGCGGAAAGUAGUAACUGACGGCAACAGCAUUAGGGUUUUCAGCGACGGGCGCCUUUCGGAUGGGUGGUUUGCGGACCUGCAAGACCUGCGGGGGACUGCGCGGAAGCCUGCGGAACUGGGGGGCUGGACAGAGGGAAAAGGGUUUGGAACGGGGUUUGGAACAGGGUUUGGAAACGAGAGCGCGGACUCUAGUGAGCUGUCAGGAUUCCAGCUGUCAGGAGGUGCCCGGCUGUGGCUCAAAAGCAAUGUCGCGUUUGCGACUCCACGCACGAUCAGAAUUGAGGCAUUGGGAACCGAGGCGGGAAGUCUGGAGCUGACACUGCUUACGCUCGACGGGGGGCACGAGCACUCUCAAAAUUUCAAUGUAUCAAGUGUUGCUGGGGAAUCUGGGAGUAUGCUUCUUGUGGCGGAUCUUCAAGGGGCCCAGUUUUUGCUGUGGCAGUCAGUUGAGGUGGGGAACACUGGGACAGGCACGCUCUUUCUGAGGAGUGUCCAGAUUGCCUACCCCAGCUCGAGUGAGCUGCUAAAAGAGCAGGUGGGUAGAAUUAGAGCUGCGUCACCCGCUUUUCUCUCAAACCGGACGGUAAGAGUCGGAGGCCCCUCAAUUCUCGUCUCCCUCUUGUCACUCGCCGAAGAGAGUCACUUUCAAAGACGACUGGUGCCGUUGAUUUCGGUGCUCGCCCCAGAAGUGGAUCUUCUCGUGUUCGUGGGAAACAACACCGGAGAAGCGCAGGCGGCGGCGCUCGCUGAAAAGUAUGGGGGUCUUCCGUUGAGAUGGAGGAAUGUGAGUGACGCGUACCCUCCUCGCUUAAAGGAAUUUGACAGCUGGCAGUACGUUUACGAGAACCACGUGGACGAUUACGAGUGGUUCCUCCACAUGGACGACGACACCUUCCUGAACGUGGCCAAUCUGAGGGCGUUUCUCCAGAGCGUCCCCACUCUAGUUCGAAACACGUUCGAGCCCCUCUACAUCGGCUCGCCGGGUUUUGGGGCGACGACCCACUUCCACGGCCGCCCGCUCGACCUUCCCGUUGGGAGGUGGGCUGUUCCGUUUCCGGUCUUUCCGUUCCCGGUCAUUUCGUUUUUGCGUCUAGCAGCAAUGGCUCAGCUCACCAACGUAGGCGACUGA